UGAAGUAAAUUAGUGCGGCCAGCGGCGAACGCACCUGUAGCAAUUUUAUGAGUUAAAUAUGGUGAGGACGGUGGUGAUUGUAGUUUCAGUGCUAACGGCUGCUGCAGUAGCUGCUGGAAUAGGUGUUUUGAUUUGGUGGCUGGUGGCUGAUCAUAGUGAUAAUGGAAACGGAGAAAUAGACAAUACAUGGCUGGAAGGCAUACCCAACACGGCAGGAUUCGCCGAGAUCCCAGACAUCGGUAAAAUGUUCUGGUGGUUCUUCCCGUCGCUGGCCAGCGAGGCCAGCUCCCGGCCGCUGAUCCUGUGGCUGGACGGCGUCACAGGAGACCCUCCCAGCCUGCUGGCCAACUUCGGCAUGUUUGGCCCGUUCGACUUCAAUUUGGAAAAAAGAAACGACUCUUGGGUUGAUGACUACAACCUCCUCUUCGUAGAUGCACCGCUAGGGACCGGCUUUAGUACUAUUGCCAGCGAUGUUGAGAUACCUGGAAAUCUUGAUACCAAUACUGAACACUUACUGCAAGCUUUGGAGUCAUUUUAUGCCCGUCAUGAAGAAUUUGUGGAUACUCCUCUCUACAUAGUCGGACAAGGCUAUGGAGCACAACUCGCAAUGUCUCUUGUUCUUGGUCUGGAUAAAGCGGAGAACUCAACAGCAAACUUGAAAGGCAUCGUCAUUGGCAACGGUAUCAUAUCACCAGCGGUAGCUCUGACCAAACUGGGCUUCUACUUAGAGGAGCUUGGCUACAUUGACGGCAACGGUCGUGCUGCUAUAGAAAAUUUUUCGAACGAAACCACGUAUCUUGUUAGCGAAGGACAACUGGCUGAGGCGUACGAGAAAUUCUUAUCCUUAGGUGAAUUUGUUAAUGAAGAGGCUGGAGCUGUAGCUGUCAAUUUAGGUCACAUAGUUGAGAAAGUAACUUACGACUCCACUACAAAAGACAUAUUUGGCCAGAAAAAGUACCUACGGGAUGUCACUGGUUUCAAUGUAGACUUCAACACCUUCAUGAUAGAAAGAGUUGCCCCCGCUUUGGGAAUAUCAGAACCAAAUUUCGACAGCCGUCGAGAAGAGGUCAUUCAAGCUUUUAAAGAUGUAUUCAUGAGACCUGCUAAGAAUAUGGUCGAAGAGAUUCUUGAAAACACGAACCUGACUGUUACAAUUUACAAUGGAAAUUUGGAUGCAGUAUCUAAUACACCAGGACAACUGGAAUGGGUAGACAAUCUCGAGUGGUCGGGGCAAGGCGAAUUCCUGAUUAGUUCUCGGCAGACUCUCAUCGUCAAUGGAUUGAUUGAGGGCUACUUCAGAGAGACCGAUAAACUAAAAUUCUAUUGGAUGAAUGCAGCAGGAGUAUCAGUCCCACUUGACAGCCCUGUUGGAAUGAGAAGAAUUGUACAAAGAAUAGUCGAUAGUGACGGUGGAAACAAUGGAAACGGAGAAGAUGAAGAUGACAAUAAUGGAAACGGAGAAGAUGAAAACGAUGGAAACGGAGAAAUAGACAAUACAUGGCUUGAAGGCAUACCCAACACGGCAGAAUUCGCCGAGAUCCCAGACGUCGGUAAAAUGUUCUGGUGGUUCUUCCCGUCGCUGGCCAGCGAGGCCAGCUCCCGGCCGCUGAUCCUGUGGCUGGACGGCGUCACAGGAGACCCUCCCAGCCUGCUGGCCAACUUCGGCAUGUUUGGCCCGUUCGACUUCAAUUUGGAAAAAAGAAACGACUCUUGGGUUGAUGACUACAACCUCCUCUUCGUAGAUGCACCGCUAGGGACCGGCUUUAGUACUAUUGCCAGCGAUGUUGAGAUACCUGGAAAUCUUGAUACCAAUACUGAACACUUACUGCAAGCUUUGGAGUCAUUUUAUGCCCGUCAUGAAGAAUUUGUGGAUACUCCUCUCUACAUAGUCGGACAAGGCUAUGGAGCACAACUAGCAAUGUCUCUUGUUCUUGGUCUGGAUAAAGCAGAGAACUCAACAGCCAACUUGAAAGGCAUCGUCAUUGGCAACGGUAUCAUAUCACCAGCGGUAGCUCUGACCAAACUGGGCUUCUACUUAGAGGAGCUUGGCUACAUUGACGGCAACGGUCGUGCUGCUAUAGAAAAUUUUUCGAACGAAACCACCUAUCUUGUUAGCGAAGGACAACUGGCUGAGGCGUACGAGAAAUUCUUAUCCUUAGGUGAAUUUGUUAAUGAAGAGGCUGGAGCUGUAGCUGUCAAUUUAGGUCACAUAGUUGAGAAAGUAACUUACGACUCCGCUACAAAAGACAUAUUUGGCCAGAAAAAGUACCUACGGGAUGUCACUGGUUUCAAUGUAGACUUCAACACCUUCAUGACAGAAAGGGUUGCCCCCGCGUUAGGAAUAUCAGAACCAGAUUUCGACAGCCGUCGAGAAGAGGUCAUUCAAGCUUUUAAAGAUGUAUUCAUGAGACCUGCUAAGAAUAUGGUCGAAGAGAUUCUUGAAAACACGAACCUGACUGUUACAAUUUACAAUGGAAAUUUGGAUGCAGUAUCUAAUACACCAGGACAACUGGAAUGGGUAGACAAUCUCGAGUGGUCGGGGCAAGGUGAAUUCCUGAUUAGUUCUCGGCAGACUCUCAUCGUCAAUGGAUUGAUUGAGGGCUACUUCAGAGAGACCGAUAAACUAAAAUUCUAUUGGAUGAAUGCAGCAGGAGUAUCAGUCCCACUUGACAGCCCUGUUGGAAUGAGAAGAAUUGUACAAAGAAUAGUCGAUAGUGACGGUGGAAACAAUGGAAACGGAGAAGAUGAAGAUGACAAUAAUGGAAACGGAGAAGAUGAAAACGAUGGAAACGGAGAAAUAGACAAUACAUGGCUUGAAGGCAUACCCAACACGGCAGAAUUCGCCGAGAUCCCAGACGUCGGUAAAAUGUUCUGGUGGUUCUUCCCGUCGCUGGCCAGCGAGGCCAGCUCCCGGCCGCUGAUCCUGUGGCUGGACGGCGUCACAGGAGACCCUCCCAGCCUGCUGGCCAACUUCGGCAUGUUUGGCCCGUUCGACUUCAAUUUGGAAAAAAGAAACGACUCUUGGGUUGAUGACUACAACCUCCUCUUCGUAGAUGCACCGCUAGGGACCGGCUUUAGUACUAUUGCCAGCGAUGUUGAGAUACCUGGAAAUCUUGAUACCAAUACUGAACACUUACUGCAAGCUUUGGAGUCAUUUUAUGCCCGUCAUGAAGAAUUUGUUGAUACUCCUCUCUACAUAGUCGGACAAGGCUAUGGAGCACAACUCGCAAUGUCUCUUGUUCUUAGUCUGGAUAAAGCGGAGAACUCAACAGCCAACUUGAAAGGCAUCGUCAUUGGCAACGGUAUCAUAUCACCAGCGGUAGCUCUGACCAAACUGGGCUUCUACUUAGAGGAGCUUGGCUACAUUGACGGCAACGGUCGUGCUGCUAUAGAAAUUUUUUCGAACGAAACCACCUAUCUUGUUAGCGAAGGACAACUGGCUGAGGCGUACGAGAAAUUCUUAUCCUUAGGUGAAUUUGUUAAUGAAGAGGCUGGAGCUGUAGCUGUCAAUUUAGGUCACAUAGUUGAGAAAGUAACUUACGACUCCACUACAAAAGACAUAUUUGGCCAGAAGAAGUACCUACGGGAUGUCACUGGUUUCAAUGUAGACUUCAACACCUUCAUGACAGAAAGGGUUGCCCCCGCGUUAGGAAUAUCAGAACCAGAUUUCGACAGCCGUCGAGAAGAGGUCAUUCAAGCUUUUAAAGAUGUAUUCAUGAGACCUGCUAAAAAUAUGGUCGAAGAGAUUCUUGAAAACACGAACCUGACUGUUACAAUUUACAAUGGAAAUUUGGAUGCAGUAUCUAAUACACCAGGACAACUGGAAUGGGUAGACAAUCUCGAGUGGUCGGGGCAAGGCGAAUUCCUGAUUAGUUCUCGGCAGACUCUCAUCGUCAAUGGAUUGAUUGAGGGCUACUUCAGAGAGACCGAUAAACUAAAAUUAUAUUGGAUGAAUGCAGCAGGAGUAUCAGUCCCACUGGACAGCCCUGUUGGAAUGAGAAGAGUUGUACAAAGGAUAGUUGAUAACUAAAAAAUAAAUGUUUAAAAUUUA